AUCAAAAAAACACCAAUUUUUUCUUAAACUAAAAUUUGACUCUCUCUCUCUCUAUACCUUCUCUUCAAACCUCCUUAACCUCAACAAAAUGCUUCGGUUGUCUUAUCAACAUCGUCAUUUUUAUUAUCUUCUAGGUUUACUCUUUUUCAUGUAUGUCAUAUUCCAUAUCCCAUAGACCAACAACACAUAGCUCUUAUGGGACGCCCCAAACUCACCACCAUUUUCACCUCAAACAGCCACCAAAUACUUCCUUCUUCUUCUGACCCCACUCGCCAAAACCUUGUCGACGACAAAUCCGAUGCACCCAAUGAUGGAUUCCCCGGUUCUAUUUUCGGGUUUCUACGCCGCCUUAUGUCUGGAAAUAAAAUUGAUGGUGGGUCAAGGACAGAGGCGGAAGAGAAGGUGUACUCUUGGUUAUACGCCUUGGCCCAGUCGGAUAAGGACUUGGUUUUCGAGUAUGUUCGAUCCACCGAAAGAGGCCUGAGCUUCACCGAAGCUGAGAGAAGAUUGAAGGAAAAUGGCCCAAAUGUUCCUCUUGAUCACUCUUUUCCAAAUUGGUGGCAACUUCUUUGGAAUGCCUUUUUUCAUCCUUUUAAUAUCAUUCUUAUUGUUUUGUCUGUGCUUUCAUACAUAACCAGUGACAAUCCAAAUGGAUGCAUCAUGCUUGUGUUGGUUUUUAUUAGUGUCUCCCUUCGAUUCUACCAGGAAUAUAGCAGUUCAAAAGCAGCUAUGAGACUUUCAGAAUUAGUAAGAUGUCCAGUCAAAGUUCAAAGAUGUGCAGGAAGAGUUGUUCAGACUGAAUUAAUUGUUCAAAUUGAUCAAAGGGAUGUUGUUACUGGUGAUAUUGUCAUUUUUGAACCUGGGGACCUUUUUCCUGGAGAUGUGAGGCUGUUAUCUUCAAAACACCUUGUUGUAAGUCAGUCCUCACUCACAGGGGAGUCCAUGACAACAGAAAAAACGGCUGACAUCAGAGAAGAUCAGAGCACUCCUUUACUAGAUUUAAGGAAUAUUUGCUUCAUGGGAACAAAUGUGGUAUCAGGCAGUGGAACCGGUCUAGUAGUUUCUACUGGAUCCAAGACUUACAUGAGCACCAUGUUUUCAGCCAUAGGGAAGAAGAAACCACCGGAUGACUUCGAGAAUGGUGUCCGCCGCAUAUCUUAUGUGCUUAUUGCUGUUAUGCUUGUAGUAGUCACAAUCAUAGUCUUAACUGAUUACUUUACAUCCCGUUCUUUGAGCGGAAGUGUUCUUUUUGGAAUCUCAGUUGCAAGUGCACUGACUCCUCAAAUGCUUCCCCUCAUUGUUAACACAAGUCUUGCUAAGGGAGCACUUUCCAUGGCCAGAGAUAGAUGUAUAGUCAAAAGCAUAAUUGCCAUUCGAGACAUGGGAUCGAUGGAUGUCUUGUGCAUUGAUAAGACAGGUACACUUACCAUGAACCGUGCAAUCAUGGUUAAUCAUCUUGACUGCCAGGGUUUACCCAAAGAAAAGGUUCUACGGUUUGCAUUCCUUAACUCCUACUUCAAGACUGACCAGAAGUAUCCUCUGGAUGAUGCAAUUUUGGCAUAUGUAUAUACAAAUGGGUACAGGUUCCAGCCAUCCAAGUGGAGCAAGAUAGAUGAGAUCCCAUUUGAUUUUAUAAGAAGAAGAGUUUCUGUUAUUUUGGAAACACAGUCAUAUGCAGAAGAUAGAAACCAUCAAUUCCUCAAACGAUUCAUGGUUACAAAAGGUGCACUGGAAGAAGUAAUGAAAGUUUGUUCUUUCAUUGAGCAUGUUGACAGUGGUGCAAUUUCAACUUUAUCCUCAGAAGACUAUCAGAGGAUUCUAAGUAUGGCAGAAGAAGUAAGCAAUGAGGGAUUAAGGACUAUAGGAGUAGCAAUAAAGAGGCUGAAACUGCAAAACAGUAAAGGAAGCAUGGCCAAUGAUGAGGCUUUUGAAUCAGACAUGGUGUUCCUCGGCCUUGUAACAUUCUUUGACCCACCCAAGGACUCAGCAAAGCAAGCUUUGUGGCUGUUGGCUGAGAAGGGGGUGAAAGCAAAGGUAUUAACAGGUGAUUCACUCUCCCUUGCGAUAAGGGUUUGCAAGGAAGUAGGCAUCAAAACAACCCAUGUAACUACUGGACCCGAGCUUGAGCUACUCAGCCAGGAUACCUUCCAUGAGACUGUUAAACGAGCAACGGUACUAGCUAGGCUUACUCCAACUCAGAAACUCCGAGUAGUACAGUCAUUGCAGACGGUUGGCAAGCAUGUUGUUGGGUUUUUAGGAGAUGGUGUAAAUGACUCCCUGGCAUUGGAUGCUGCCAAUGUAGGUAUAUCAGUUGACUCAGGAGUAUCAGUUGCAAAAGACUUCGCUGACAUUAUCUUACUAGAGAAAGACCUCAACGUCCUUGUUGCCGGAGUUGAGCAGGGUCGGCUUACUUUUGGGAAUACUAUGAAGUACUUAAAAAUGUCAGUUAUUGCUAAUGUAGGAAGUGUUAUUUCACUCCUAAUAGCAACCCUGGUCCUUCAGUAUGAGCCACUGACUGCAAAACAGCUUCUUACGCAAAACUUUUUGUAUAGUGUGGGUCAAAUUGCUAUCCCGUGGGACAAGAUGGAAGAAGAUUAUGUGAAAACCCCACAAAGAUGGUCCAAGAAAGGCUUACCUUUGUUCAUAUUAUGGAACGGGCCCGUGUGUACUAUUUGUGAUGUAGCCACUCUCGUGUUCCUUUGUUUCUAUUACGAUGCUACCACUCUAGCAGACAAUAAAUUCUUUCAUUCUGCUUGGUUUCUCGAAGGGCUUCUUAUGCAAACUUUAAUUAUCCACUUGAUCCGGACAGAGAAAAUUCCCUUCAUUCAGGAGGUUGCCUCAUGGCCUGUGAUCUGUUCAACUGUUGUGAUUUCGGCCAUUGGCAUUGCAAUUCUUUACACACCAAUUGGGGAAGUCAUGGGAUUCGUUUAUCUGCCUUUAUCAUAUUUUGGAUUUCUGGUUGUUCUUUUUGUAGGAUACUUUUCAGUUGGUCAGGUGGUCAAGAGACUUUACAUUUUUGUUUACAAAAGAUGGCUUUAGAUAACAGAAUGAAUUGACAUGAGAAAGUGCAUUUGCACAAAAGGCUAUUAGGAAAGCGAGAUUAGGAAGAAAAUUUUCCUCUGAAUAUUAUUGAGUGUAACACAUAUAGCCUUGAAGUUUUUACAUUAUCAUCUACAAAUUCUGUAGAUUCUUUCUGCUAUAGCAA